GUGCUGUUCUAGUAGCAUCCCAGCCAAGACCAUGGAUCGGUGUCAAGCAGGACUUCUGCAGCAGUGGUGAACAAAAUGCUCUUCUGUUUGGCCUGCCUGGGGGAAGAAGACUUUGAGAAGAUGGAGAACCAGAGUGGAGUGCUCUUGGGAUAUGUCCGCUGGGAAGGAAAAGAGGAAGGGGGUGAGGAGGAUGGGGUGGCUCCUCGUGUUUCUCCUCCCAGCCAAAUGAGCAGACUGGAAGAUGUGCAGGUGGAGAUGCUUGAGAAGGCAAGGGAGCUCUUCCAGCUGUGUGACAAGGAUGAGAAGGGUUUUAUCACCAAGGUGGACAUGCAGCGGCUCCAGAGUGAACUCCCCCUAACCCCUGAGCAGCUGGAGACUGUUUUUGACAGCUUGGAACAGAAUAACAAAGGAUACCUGACACCUGUGGAGUUCAGCAUGGGUCUAGGAAAGUUAAUAGGGAUUGAAUUGUGUCAAGGGGCUGGGAGAAUGGAUCACUCCAGACACGAGGAGACCUUCGAGUCAGGCUGGUCAGAUGACUUGGACCCUGCAGAUGAUGAUGAUGAAGAGAAACGAUUCUGUUCCAUGAUGGAGCAGCUUGGAGCAGCCCAGUUGUUUGAAGACCCACAUGAGAUUCGGGAGCUCUGGGCUCGCCUACGGAAGGAGCGUCCAGAGCUCUUAUCCAAUUUUGAAGAGUUUCUGUUGCGUGUUUCCUCGUACAUAAAGGAGGUGAAUCAUGAGAAGGAGUCUAUGGAGCAAGCAUUGAAGAGGAAGGAGUCAGAUCAUGAUCGAGAAGUCAGGUGCCUUUAUGAAGAAAUGGAGCAACAGAUCAAAGCAGAAAGGGAGAGGCUGGUCUGCCAGGAAGCACUGAGGCAUGACAGGAGUAACCUGCUCCAGAAGGAGCUGCACAACAAAGAGCAGGAGCUGGAGAAAAUCCUCUACCGCCAGAAGAAGCUGGAACAUCAGCUACAGUCACUGAACUCGGAGCAGCUGGAGACGCGCGUGCAGAACGAAAGGCUCCGGCACCUGAAUGAAAACCUGCUGGAAGAGCUGGAGAAAAGCAAAUGGGAGCUAGAGGCAGUGAAGGGACAAUUACAGAAGCUCCAGAAAGAGGCUCAGAUUGAGCAAGAGCAGAAGGACAGGGAUGUGUUUAGAGUCUCCAAGAACAUGCAGAAAGAGAAACAAAGCCUCCUUCGGCAGCUGGAGCUCCUCAGAGAAAUGAACAAGAAACUUCGAGAUGAGCGAGAUGCCUUUGAAGCCAAGAAGCUGGUGCCUCAGAACAAAAAUGCCCUGUUGAAGAAAGGGUCAGGGCUAGGCAGUUACCUGCUGGAGGACAAGCCUGUCAAACGACAACUGGCCUCUGCGGACCUUCCCUUCACCCUCCCAGUGGACGUGGCAGUGGAAGAACCCAACAGAAAGAACUGUAAAUACUUCCCAGGCAAUGGGGUAUGGAUGAAGACAGGAGAAGGAGGCAGCACAAACUUUGGAGAGAACAGCAGAGAUGAGGAGAGAUGGCCCUUGGCAGCAGAUCCUGAGUGGUUUAAGAUGACUUUGAAGGGUGACUCUGACUGCAGAAAAAAUGCAGAUGGCCUAGAUGCUGCUCCACUGCCUCCUCGAGCCCAGCCUGUUGGCACUGAAACCAGGCUCCAAGCACUGGAAGCAGCCAGCUGUUCCCCAGAUCGCAUGUUUAAAGUGGUGUUUGUGGGGAAUUCUGGUGUUGGGAAGAGUUCCUUCAUCCACCGCUUCUGCUAUGACAGGUUCUUGGCUGAGCUCAAUGCAACCAUUGGUAUUGAUUACCAGGUGAAGAGUCUAAUGGUGGAUAACACCCAGAUUGCCUUACAGCUGUGGGAUACAGCUGGACAAGAGAGGUUUCGGAGCGUCACCAAGCAGUACUUCCGGAAGGCAGACGGGAUCCUGGUGAUGUACGACAUCACGGCCGAGUGCUCCUUCAUGGCCGUGCGCAACUGGAUGAGCAGCGUCCAGGAAGGUAUAGAGGACGGAGCUGUGGUGUUUCUGCUUGGAAAUAAAUUGGAUGCUGUGCAGAGAGAGACCCGGAAAGUGCCCAAGGUGGAGGGGGAAAGGCUGGCGAAGGAGUACAAGGCUGUGUUCUACGAGUGCAGUGCCAUGACUGGCUACAACAUCAUGGAGCCCAUGCUGCACAUGGCCAGGUUGCUGACAGCACAAGAAGACAGGCAGAGGGAGAAUGCCCUGCAGCUGGAGGAUAUCAGCAGGAGGAAAGGGUGCUGCACAUAAAGCACACCAAUGUGUCAGCAAGAGACACGUGCCAAUGCUGUAUCAUGAAGCUGGGGGUUCCUUUCAAACAGGCUGAA